AUGGAAAGUCAAAACAAUGUGACUGAGUUUAUUCUUUUGGGACUUUCCAAUGACCCAUGGCUCAAGAUUUUCCUCUUCCUGGUAUUUUUAGUUAUUUACUUAUUUACCCUGGUGGGGAAUAUGGUGAUCAUGCUGGCAAUAAGGACUGAUCCUCAGCUUAAUUCACCCAUGUACUUCUUCCUCUUCUGCCUAUCCUUCCUUGAUAUCUUCUACUCCACUGUAACCAUCCCCAAGAUGUUGGACAACUUACUAUCAAAGCGGAAAACUAUUUCAGUUUACGGCUGCUUUGCACAGAUUUUCCUUAUUAUACUGUCAGGGUGUACUGAAGGUUUCAUGCUUUCAGUGAUGGCUUAUGACCGACAUGCUGCCAUAUGUGAUCCACUGCACUAUGUUAACAUCAUGAACAAGCGAGUCUGCCAUCAGCUGGUGGCUGCUGCAUGGACAGUGAGUUUUUUCUUUGCACUUGUCAACACUCUUUUUCUAUUAAACGUAAAUUUUUGUGGACCCAAUGAAGUCAAUCAUUUCAUCUGUGAGCUCCCUUCACUGCUAGCUCUGUCCUGCACCGUGACUUUCACCAAUGAAAUGGUACUUCUUACAUCCGUUGUGAUAUUUGGAUUGAGCUCCUUCAUCCCCAUUUUGGUCUCUUAUAUUCACAUCAUCUCCACCAUCCUGAGGAUACGCUCCGCAGAAGGCAGGAGUAAAGCCUUCUCCCCCUGCAGCUCCCACAUAACCGUGGUGUGUUUAUUGUACCUGACGGCUCUCUUACAGUAUAUGAAACCCAAUGCAGCACCCUCUGUGAUUCUAAAUGAACUCUUCUCCAUCCACUACAGCAUCUUAACUCCCAUGUUAAACCCCAUUAUUUACAGCCUUAAAAAUAAAGAAGUGAAAAUGGCUCUGUGGAAAAUAUACUCAAGUCGUGUUAGUAAUGUUCGUUAG